AUGUUGACGUUCAUCUACCUACCGCUGACGCUUGCCUCGAGCCUAUUGGGUAUGAACAUGACCCAAAUCACCGGCAAAGGAACACGUAGCCAGCUGUGGUUGUACUUUGUCGUAGCUGUUGCGCUCAUGGCUGCUACCUUUGGAGGCUGGCUCGUCUGGUCCCAGCUCCUCUCGCGCUUUGAGCGCAGCAUGAGACGAAGAGGUUCAUUCAACUUCAAGGCGGGUAUGGAAAGACAGAGGCGUCUAGACAGACUGUCACUAUGGAGCGUCUGA